UAAUUAUGUGAAUAAAAAAUGGCGGCGCCCAUAUAGAUUAUUUCAGAAAAAAACUUUAUGUGUAAAAUGCACGGUUGAAGUACUGCAGACAAUGUGAUUAGAAGAGGGCAUUCACAGCAGAUGCUGCGCUAACCUUAGCACUGUGAAGUUUGUCGGAUACGCAUUUUAUUUUUUAGCAAGGGUUCAAGAGCGAGUCAUUCAUUUUCUCGACAUAGAGAAGCGACAGUUUCUGUUUACAAACAGGGUGAAUCAUCAUGUUGCCCACAUUGGCGCUUAUUUUGAUCUCGUUUCUGUGUGGAAUAAUCCUGACGCUGGUCGUCCAGAUCUAUAUUAUCGCUCGUUACGUGCAGAGACAGCCCGUCUCCGAGAUUCCUUACGGUGCACAGACUUCAAAAGCCGCGUUGCCACAGGAACUUCAGAACCUGGUCUUGAAUCUUGACCCAACGAAAGAAGACAGCUGUGAUAGCCUCAACUUGUUUGUUCAGUUCUUGUUUAGAGAACUGAAGGACACCAAACGAAUAAGAGAAUGGGUGACCAAGAAGAUGAAUGUAGAGUUUGAAGAACUUCUGCAGACUACCACAGGGAGAUUAGUUGAUGAAAUCUCUGUGCGGCAUUACACUUUGGGGAAUACAUUUCCUGUGGUGAAGUCGUCCAAAGUGGCUGCUGUCAAGUUACAUGAUGACAGGCAGAGCAUGGAGGAACUAGAUUUGAAGUUAGACAUUGAAUACUCUGGAGGUUUCAAGUUAGCAAUAGAUGUAGACCUCAUAUUUGGAAAGUCUGCCUUCCUGUCUGUGGAGCUGUCCAAACUGAAGGGAAGACUGCGCUUACAGUUGUCAAGGCUGCCUUUUACACACUGGUCUCUGACAUUUUAUGAGGAACCUAUUAUGGAAUUUGAAGUGGAUUCCAGGUUUGAAGGAAGACCCAUUCCACAACUGACAUCUCUAAUUGUUAAUCAGUUAAGGCGUACAAUCCGUAAGAAACACACAUUGCCAUUCUAUAAAAUCCGCUAUGGUCCCCUCUUCCCCAAACAAGAACCCGAGUCCAGCUUUCCUGAUGUGAGACAUGAUGAGAGGAGUAUCUGUACAGGUAGACUACAGGUGGGCCAGCUCACCUGUUCCAGGCUGGCAGACUAUGGAGGAGAUGCACACCUGUACUGUACACUGGCUAUUGAUAGUGCACCUUGGGUAGACCUGGCUAUGAAGAAGAGAAGAGUAUAUAAAACAUAUGAGGUGCCAAUAAACAGACCUGUGGGUCAAAAUUUGGGACUUCUUUUUAGAGAGGAAUUUAAUGUGGACAAAUAUGAAAAUGUUCUGGUUAUAGAGGCUGUGUUUGAUAACUCCCCAGCCAAGGAAGGAAAUAUAAAAAAGGGUGACAUCAUGUCAGCAGUCAAUGGUGUCAAGAUCAACUCAGAAAAACAAGCUGCAAAAUUGAUCAAACAAGCUGGAGAAAAAUUCAACUUGCGUAUGGAGAGAGUGUCUGUAGUGAAACCCAAGAAGAAGAAUGUUCAGCAGUUAAGUGGAGAUGAGUUGGAGGAGGACAGGCUCAGUCUCAAGGAACCUGGCCCAGACACUCAAAGCAUUUACACAGAGCCAUAUGAAGACUUCAUCAACAUCACCGAGGCCGCAGUGAACGGUGUUGACGGAGACAAGCUGGAGAGUAGCUACAGUGGCGCCACCAGUGGUGAGGGAUCUCCGCUGCAGAGACGCCGAUUUCCGUUCCUACCCAAACAGCCCAUGUUCUUGAGGAAGAGAAUGACUAAACAGGGCAAUGAAUCCAAAGGAACAAACUCGUCAUCAUCAAAGGCCACACCCUUGCCCAGUGUGUCAGCCCCUGCCGUAGUGAAGGAAGACCCAGCUGUCGAAGUGGUCAAGCUCAAAGACAAGGUCAAGGACAGUGUUUCAAGUGGAGACAGUUUGGCAUCUUGUAGAACCCAUAGUGAUCCUUCUUUAAAUACCAAGGAAGAACCCUCCAUCCCCUCAGACAACAUGAGCCUGCCAGAUAUAGACCUGCCUCCACUCCACAUCCGUACCACCAGAGACCGGGCUGACACAGAGACUGACAUGGACCUGAGAAAGACAUCUUUAGUCACUUAUGCAGUGGAGCCAAAGUGGAAUGAAAACUUCACAUUUGAAGUCCAGGACCAUCAUAAAUACUUCAACAUCUGUGUGUGGUGCAAGACCUCAGCCAAAGUGGACAAACAGUUCCGGGUCAUCAAGCCAGAGAUGGACUUUGUUAUAGGACAUGUCAGUAUACCCCUGAUGGAGAUAGCUGACCAGUGCUUGGCCACCACCCAAGGUGACCGACAGCUGACAUAUACACUACUGCCAUCCAUGACAAGGGGAGGAGCAAGCCGAUCUAAAACCAAACUGAGUCUCCAGCGAGGAUUUGAUGAAUCUCUGACGUUUGGGGACAUCACUCUCACAUUUCGCCACGACCCUGGGCCCCUGACUCCACAGCAGAGGAAGAAAAUCAGAGAGGAGAUUAAAAAACAGAUGGAGGACGAAAAAGAGAGGAAAACUCUGCAGAUAGACUCUGUGAGACCCCUGACUGUAGGGAAUGAAGAGAUUAGAAAGUCCUUAGAGGGAGGUCAUGACUUUGUAGAAACUAACUUCCAUUCUGUUACUUACUGUAACUUUUGUGGAAAGAAGAUCUGGUUAAAGGCCGCCUACCAGUGUUUAAUGUGUACCAUGAUCUGCCAUAAGAAAUGUAUUCAACGUUGCCAGUCCACUAUUACUUGUCCAAGAAACGGGAAGCCGCCAGAUGUGCCAAAGCCAGUACAGGAGGAGAAGACAGAAUCCAACUUUCAUCGAAAGAAAGAACACGUCAAAGAAGCAAUACUCACCAGACUGCGUAAGAAAACAGGGUCAUCACCACUGAUCACUGGCAGCGAGGAGCUCCUAAGAGCAUCAGGAGAAGUGAAGAUGGACCUACCAGAGAGUUCAGUGGGGACUGGAGUGAAGGAUGAUAACUUUGUCCAAACUAAAGCUAAAAAAUCCCAAAGACGAAGACUGUCCAACAGUGAAUCUGCAGAAACUAAGGAAUUUGACUCCUCAGAGACCAACAGUUCAGACUCGGAGGAGGAGUUGAACCUGAUCCAGUUCCUGCAGAAGCACCAGAAGACGCACCAACAUGAGGAGCAGGUGGUCUCCAAGGCCAAGGAGAUGGGGAGAGAUCUGCAUGCAGACCUGACACCUAUUGACAGGAGGGAUAAACUAGAUGCCAUGAUCACAAAAUUCCAGCAAGAGAUAGACCUGGAGUCGGAAUUUCGUGCCGACCUGCUGAAGGAAGAGAAGGAGGCAGUGCACCCAGAUCAGAAAGUCCAACUGAAGGCCAAAGUGAAACACUCUGAGGAGAAGAUCCAAGCCCUGGGCUAUCUCAUGCUCCAUUACUGUGCAGGCCUGCAACAUUGUCUGGAUCAGAUGGAGGAAGAGAAGCAGAAGAGAAAGAUGACCUCUGACGCUGCUAAGGUGAUCUCUGACGCUGCUAAGAUGACCUCUGACCCUGCUAAUGCUACAGAGGAGAAGCAGAGAAAGGAACAGGGAGAAGAGCUCUGACUGUUUACUUCAGGGGUUGUAACAGAAGGAACCGAGAACGGGAAUUAUGAAAACUGCUUUUUUUUUCACACAUCAUAUUGGGUUUCUGCUUUUCUCUAUUGACCUGGGAGUUGCAGUAUCCACAAGGAUUUUAAUUAAGCAGGUGUCUACAGAAUAUCAAAAGUUGUGCUCAUAGUCCCACAUAAUGAAAACUGAACUUUACCUCUUUUUUUGAAAGUUCUGGACUUCUGGUGUUUAGACCACCACAGUAUUGACUGGUUUGUGUCCAGUUGCUCUUUUAUUCUCUGGAGAACCACCUGCUAAGAUAAGCAAAGAUUUUUUCUCUUUUUUGUCCUUGAGAUUGCUAAAACUACAGUAUCUCCUUUGAAGUAUACUUUGGAGACUGAUAUAGACGGACAAUAAACAAUGAAAUAUAAUCAGUACUUAAUCUUAAUAUGAUAGUAGGUUGUCUUGCACAUAUAAACCCAUGUUGUGCACAGGUAUAUAUAAUAUAUAUAUAUGAAGCUCUGGCUUGACUGGUCAUAAUUUCAUGAUGCUAUAUUUUUUCAGUUAUUGACUUAGUCAAAUGCAAUUCAAACUCAGAUUGUGCAUAAAUUUCUUAUUAAUUUGAUUAAUCAUAUUUUUUGACCUCUUUGACUUAGAUUUAUUUUGUAAUUUUUUGAAGUUUGUUUUACCUCCAAAUGUUUUUAUUAGUUUUCUCUGUGAUAAAUUGAAAUCACAAAGCAGUUUCUUAGCUUCUUUGUAAUUGGUUACUUCUUUGAGCAGUGCUCCUUGUUACACCGCGUUGCCGUAGGAACAGUGCACCGAAGCUGAUCUUGCCGUCUUUAAUGCAUUUACUGUGAUAGAACUUGGAUGGAAAUUGUUUACUUGCUGAAUAUUGUCGUGAGUUAUAUGCUGGAACAUGUAGAAGAGCUUCUAAAUCAAUGCAUCAUGGAGAUUUCAGUGUAAUUACUGUUGUUUUGUGUGAAUUGUAUUAUUUAUGAAGUGAAUGAGCGCACAAAUUUGAAUAAGUGAAGAAUAACUGAAAAGUGCAAAACAUUCCUACCAGAGUGAAGAUGGUUAUUAAACAAGCCCAAAUAUAAAUUUUACAUUUUUUUUUUAAAUUAGGUUGCUAAAAUUUUAAAAUUUAUUGAUCCUGUGUGCUUGGAUGCCACAUGAGUGUUUUAAUAAUGUCUGUAAUAGUGUUGUCUUUGCAGUCAAUAAAUGUAUUGUAUACUCUUAA